UGUUAAAACACUUACCGGAAAUGACGGCAUGACGUGACGAACGCAACACACGUGCCCGCAAAUUUUUUAGACCGCCAAAAAUAUAUGCCGACGUUUUUUUUUUAAUAAAAACAACAAUGGUUUACGUUCACAGCAUGUUGAAAUUACAUCGCCUCCGACGUUAACGCAGGAUCCUCCAAAUAUUGGCUGAACAUGAGCGCUUUUCGGAGCCCCUCAGACCUGGAAUCCAGACUGGUGUCCUUGGAGUGUCACUUCACGUGGGAUUUGGACGUCGGCAGGUCCGACCUCCUCUGUCUCCGGGACGCGCUGGAGGACAUAGGCUCAGAGGAGGGAUACUGCUGGCUGGGUCACAUCUACAACCUGCAGGGCUUCAUUCACCACCAGCUGGGCCUCGUGGAGCAGGCCCGGGCUUUCCUCUGCAGGGCUGCGGAGGCUUUCCGGCAGCUGAGGAACACCGUCUCAGACGAGGGCCCCUGGCUGGUGGUGAAUUACGGAAACAUGGCCUGGCUGCACCACCAGACGGGCGAGCGAGCGCAGACUCGAGAAUACCUGCUGAAGGUCGAGGCGCUGACGGCUGAGUACCCGUCUCCAUCUCUGGACGACCCGCAUCCGGAGAUCUGCGCUGAGAAGGCCUGGACUCUGAUGAAGCUCGGCGGAAACGAGAAGCUUCUGGCGGCAGAGCUCUUCCAGAGAGCCAUCAGGAUGCAGCCAGACGUGGUGGAGUGGCAAAGCAGCCGCGUGCUAGCCUUGGUGAAGGCCUUCAUGCACCGCAAAGAAACCCUGGACGCUGAUAUUUUGGAGAAGGUGAAAAUCGCCAAAGAACACGACCCAGAGAACUUGUACCUCGCUGCUCUCUACCUGGAAGCGCAAGCCCAGAAAGGAGCGAGAAUUCAUAACGAAGCACAGAAACUGGCCCGGAGAGUGUUGAGAAAGCCGGUCAGCAGCUACAGCGGCAUGAAACCUUUUCUAAGGCUCUACCGGACCUACGUAUCCAUGGACGAAGCUCUGGAUCUGGCAGAAGAGGCUUUGGAGAGACACCCCGACGCACGGUACAUAAAGAGAUGCGCCGCAAUCUGCUACAAAAGGAAAGUCUUCUCCCAGAGCAACGAUCACCUGGAGCGCAGCACCAUCGAGAGAGCCAUCGGUCUUCACAAGGAGACCAUUGCUCUCUACCCUCACUCGUCACUUAAAAUGCAGAUAUCUCUGGCGAACAUCUACGCAAAGUCGGAGCGGCGGGCUGAAGCCGAGGAGCUGUUUGAGGAGCUGCUGAGGAGCGACCUGGAUGCCGGAGAGGAGCAGAUGGUCUGCAGCUUCUACGCCAAGUAUCUGCAGCACAGUGAGAAGGAGAGCAACAAGUGCAUCACGUAUUACAUGAGGGCAGCGGUGGUACCGCACCAGAGCUUCUACCGGGAGGACAGCAUCCGGCGGCUGGAGAAGAUCGGCGAGGAGAAACGAUAUAGCGAUAUAGAAGACUUUCUGGUUCAUUUGUCACUCUGAGAGCCCGCGGCAAAGACAAUCCGCUGUGGAUAAAUGUGUUUGAACACUGGAGACCUGGUCUGUGCACUGACUUCAGCAGCUUUGAGAAGGUUUAGACCAGGGGUGUCAAACUCAUUUUGGUUUAGGGGC